GAAAACGGAGGCUUCUAUCAAAAACUUCAGUCCCUACUACAGCCGGCAAUAUUCUGUGGCUUUCUGCAACCAUGUGCGCAGCGAGGUGGAGCAGCAAAGAGAUCUAACGUCACAGUUUCUGAAGACCAAGCCCCCACUGGAACCAGGAACUGUUUUGUAUGAAGCUGAGCUCUCACAGUUUGCUGAGGACAUCAGGAAAUGGAAGGACAGAUACAUUGUGGUUAAAAACGAUUUUGCUGUGGAAAGCUACGAGAACAAAGAGGCCUAUCAGAGAGGAGCUGUUCCUAAAAGCAGAAUUCUUCCAGCUGGUGGCAAGGUGUUAACCUCGGAAGAGGAAUAUAGUCUCUUAUCGGAUAAGCAUUUCCCAGACCCCACUGCUUCCAGUGAGAAGAACUCUCAGCCCUUCCUGGUCCUACCCAAGGCAUUCCCAGUGUACCUGUGGCAGCCUUACCUUAGGCACGGCUACUUCUGUUUCCACGAGGCUGCUGAGCAGCAGAAGUUCAGCGCUCUUCUCAACGACUGCAUCAGACACCUGAAUCACGAUUACAUGAAGCAGACCACAUUCGAAGCCCAAGCCUUUUUGGAAGCUGUGCAGUUCUUCCGGCAGGAGAAGGGUCACUAUGGCGCCUGGGAAGUGAUUACUGGAGAUGAAGUCCAGAUCCUGAGUAAGCUGGUGAUGGAGGAGCUCCUGCCGACCCUCCAGACUGACCUGCUGCCUAAACUGAAGGGGAAGAAGAAUGACAGAAAGAGGGCCUGGUUUGGACUCCUGGAGGAAGCCUACAAUCUGGUUCAACACCAAGUUUCAGAAGGAUUAAGUGCCUUGAAGGAGGAGUGCAGAGCUCUGACAAAGGACCUGGAAGGGACCAUCCGCUCAGACAUGGAUCAGAUUGUGAACUCAAAGAACUUUCUAACUGGGAAGAUCAGAGCAAUGGUGGCUCAGCCGGCCGAGAAUCGCUGUGGGGAGAGUGUGCAGCCCUUCCUGGCAUCCAUUCUGGAGGAGCUAAUGGGGCCGGUGAGCUCCGGUUUCAGUGAAGUCCGUGCACUUUUCGAAAAAGAAGUAGACGAACUCAGCCAGAGCUUCCACACCACCCAGGACGGUGCCCAGCUGAAGGAGCGUCUAGACCAGCUAAUGAAGCUUCCUCUGGAUUCUGUGAAGAUGGAGCAUUGUUACACUAAAGUCACCCUGCUUCCAGAGCGCCUGCUGGACCUCCAGAGUCGCUUCAGGUUCCCUCACGUUGAUCUGGUGGUCCAGAGGACUCAGAACUACAUGCAGGAGCUCAUGGAGAAUGCUGUGUUCACAUUUGAGCAGUUGCUCUCCCCAUAUCUUCAAGGAGAGGCUUCCAGAACAGCAGUGGCCAUCGAGAAGGUUAAGCUCCGUGUCUUAAAGCAAUACGAUUACGACAGCAGCACCAUCCGCAAGAAGAUCUUCCAGGAGGCAUUGAUUCAGAUCACACUACCCACGGUGCAGAAGGCGCUGGCGUCCACAUGCAAACCAGAGCUUCAGAAAUAUGAGCAGUUCAUCUUCGCAGACCACACCAAUAUGAUUCAUGUUGAGAACAUCUAUGAAGAGAUUUUGUAUCAGAUCCUCCUCGAUGAGACCCUGAAAGUGAUAACGGAAGCAGCUAUCUUGAAGAAACACAACUUAUUUGAAGACAACAUGGCCUUACCCAGCGAAAGUGUGUCCAGUCUGACAGACCUCAAAACCUCCAUGGGGUCAAACCAGGCCAGCCCAGCCAGAAGAGCAUCUGCCAUUCUCCCAGGAGCUCCAGGCGAUGAGGCUCCAAGCCACGAAGUGUUCCAGGAGCCUGAGGAAAAGCAGCAGCAGCCUGGGGCCCCUGGCUCACUGGCCAGAGAAGAAAGUGCUUCCAUCUCGGGGUCCAGCCCUCCUUCAGGUGAGGACGGGCAGGUGUCUGUGUCCGGUGUGGAUAACUCUGCCGGGAACCCUCUCACUGCAGAUAAUUCAGCAGGACCUCUCAGCUCACACUUGUCAGAGGCAGAAGCUGGGGAGGCCCCUAAAGAUGAGGAAGCAGCCCACAAAAGGCCAGAGUCUAGCGCCGUGCCAGGGUCCUUGAGGGAACUGAAAGAGUUGUUGACUGUGACGGUGUUUGUCGAGUCUGCCCCAGAGAUUGGAAGUGACACACUCAACGGGACACCUGUUCCCCGAGAAGAUAAAAAAGAAGAAGAAGAGGAGGAGGAAAACAAGGUCCACCCAGAAGCCAGCGGCCCAGCUGCCAUCCAGCAGGACAGCUGUGAAGAAAGUGAAGUCAGAGAGAGGGAGGCCUAUCCUAUGCCUUUGGAAGCUGAGGCUCCUGGGGUGAGCGUGGGGACACCGCCAGAGGGUAGAGGGCCUACCUCUCAGUCUACCGGUGAGGGGCUCACUGAGAACACCAGCUGUCUAGGCCCCAUAGAGGAGCCAUGUGAGGCUCCAGGGCCCGCUGAGGAGGUGCUCCUAGCCACAGUUUCCACACAGGACAGCACCGAGGCAGGGGGUGAGGCUGUGCAUUCUGUGACAGUCACACCUCAAGAAGAUGCCACGUUAAGUUCUAACCCCAUCUGUCCCGUGGAGAGUAAUGAGGGGCCCCAGGUUUCCGGGGAUCAGGAAGUGCUGGGAGGGAGUGAUAGCCCAGCCCUUGCUAUGGAUACAGAGCAAAUCAACAAUGCCCAUGUGUAUGAGUGCCACUGGGAGGUAGAGGAUGCCCCGAGCGCUGACAUCGUAGAUGCUCACGAUUGUGACGUGGGCUCCCCAGGGGAGUGGUAGGAUCAGUUUGCCAGUCUUUUUUCUUCUAAAACUGUCAGUCAAGGGGUCUUAGUUAUGGGUAUCCUUAGGGGGUUGCAUGUGACUCGCUAUAAAAAUUAUGAAAUGUUUCUUUAAUUUGAAAGAUGAAGCCAGAAGUGCACAGACGGUGGGAGCAGUGAGCAGGCUUUGGGGCGCUGAAGUGCUCCCCAUGAAUGAUCUAUCACUUUGGCAUUUUAAUAGGAAUGGUAAGAGAACUGAAGCGUUGGGGCAAAAGUCAGUCAAAGGGGAUCCAGAAAGGGGAGCAGAAAAUGACACAUCAAUAUUCUCUUCACUGAAACGUGGUACACAUUUUGAACUGAGCGUUAAGGCAUUUUUAGCAAGCAUGUGAAGGACUCCAGCCUCAACACCUGCUCGGCUGUCACUCCUCACCUGGUCAGCUCCACUGUCUUCUGUCCUUAGACAGGUCACAAGAAAGAGGAAGUCAUGAACCAGGCACCCCUGUCCUGCAAAGUACAGAGCCAGUCACGGCUAGUAGAGCUCAGGGGAUGCAGAGCAGAAAUCCAAGGUGGAAGGUCUGUGGAACUAUCUAGCCCUGUUCCUAACCCUGCUAGCAAUCCCUUGCUGGUUAAUUCUGCUGGUUUACAUUAAUUAAUCACCCUUUAAGGAAAUUCAGGCAGGGCAAGAGAUUUCACUGGCACGAAUCAGCCAUAGGUUGUACAAAGUGCUUGUCUAAAUUUUCUAGCUCGAAACCUACACAGACAUGACUUGAACAGAUACUGCAUGCUCUGUUAGUCGUCAUAAUAAAUAGAAGACCAGGCGCUUUGCUUUCAUAUAAA